UGCUGUGGUUUCGGGUGACGUGUCUUACGCAGGCGACAACAAUGACGACUACGGUGCUAGCGGGGGCAGGGCUAAAGCGGAGAGUCCACAGGAAGAUGGCGCUCCCCACGGCUCCCGACCGGCGGCUCCAGACCGACACCGAGGACAAACUAGAGCUCAACCACCGAGGCCUGGAGGAGCUCAGCAGCCUGGCCGCCGACGGAGACGGCAUCCCACUGCAUUCACCGUGGACAUUCUGGCUGGACAGGUCUCUUCCAGGAACAACAGCAGCAGAAUGUGAAUCAAACUUGAAAAAAAUAUAUACAGUGCAAACUGUCCAGAGUUUCUGGAGUGUGUAUAAUAAUAUUCCACCAGUUACAAAUCUCCCGCUGCGAUGUAGCUACCACUUGAUGAGGGGAGAGAGAAAGCCGCUUUGGGAAGAAGAAAGUAAUGCCAAGGGAGGGGUAUGGAAAAUGAAAGUUCCCAAGGAAAGCUCAGCUUUGGUUUGGAAAGAAUUACUACUGGCUACCAUCGGAGAGCAGUUUACAGAUCAUUGUGCAAUUGAUGAUGAAGUGAUUGGCGUCAGUGUAAGUGUCCGUGACCGUGAAGAUAUAGUUCAAGUUUGGAAUGGAAAUGCCUGUGUUGUAGGUGAAGCAACUGUUCUAGAGAAAAUUUACAAACUUCUGCCAAACACAUCUUUCAAAGCUGUAUUUUAUAAACCCCAUGAAGAACAUCAUGCCUUUGAAGGUGGCCGUUCAAGACAUUAGCUUCACUGUAGCAUUUUAUUUUUCUUUAACCCUUUGACUUCUAAGCAGUUCUAAUAUCUGGAUCACUAUGCUGUGAGAGGGUUGGUUAUAUCUGUAAAGAAGUCUGUCUUGCAGUUUAUUUAUUUUUGUUUGUGUAUUUUACAUUUAUUUUCUAAAAUUUAAAAAAUCAUGCAAUUUUACAUUUCCUUUUUUUUUUUUUUUUUUUUUUUUUUUUACUCCCCACUUCAGAAUGGGCAAAUUAGUAAUCAAAGUAAAGAACAAACUUGUAUCUCACUUUAUUAAAAGUGAUGCUUUUAGUUUUUUAUUCUUAACACUUUGAGUGCACUGCUCCAGCACUCGGUGUUUAGUCUUACAUGUCUAUUUCAGUAAUAUCAAUAGAAUUUUUAAUGUACUCUUUACCUGUAUACACUGGGAGCAGUUUUUAUGGACUUUAAAGCUGGAAGUUGGAAACAUCCACUGCCCUACUUAUUGCAAGCUCUCCCUUAAGCUGAUCUGUUAAUGUAGUUACUCAGGGCUAACUUAGUCAAUUUUAAUUGAGGCUACCCAAUUGGAGAAGGGGUGCUUUUUGGCUCUCGUGACAUCCCUUUAACCCUGGCAUCCAGUCCUCACUUACAUGGAAAUUAUAGUGGCUUGAUCAUCCAAAACCCUGUGGGUACUGGGUCUUCUCGAGCAUUCACUAUGCUUUGAUCUCUGGAACAUCUUUGCAGGGCAUGAUAAAGUAAACCUUUCAUUAGACUUAUGGAGUAUGCACAAUCAUGAAAUGCUGCUUUUUGUUUAUUCUUGCUGUGUAGUUUAGAUUUUUAUAUUGGUUUUUUUCUUUAGCUUCAUAAUGUUUAGAACAUUCCUUUCACUGUAAUUUUAAUUCCCCCAAAAACUAUUGUACUGUAUUGCACUGUAUAUAACAAAGAACUAGCCUUGCCCUGACAAGAUUACACUGGGCCUCUGGUACAGUAGAAUUUACCCCAUAAAGGUUGAAACUUGGUAUUAAUUUGCUGCUGUCUCUCACAAAGCUUUACUGUAUCAAAUGGUUGCAUAAGCUCUUCUCAAAUAUGAAGUAUCUCUGAAUUGGGAAACCUCAUGUAGAGUACAUUUCUCUUGGGGUUUUUUUGUGUGCAUUUUAUUGAAAGAAAACUGACCAUGGGCCCAGAUUUCAAGAUACUGCAGGAAACACUUGUUGCAUUGUAGUAACACUUCUGGUUUUAUUAACAAAGCCUGGAUUUGUGGAGAAUUGACCAUUUUAGGCCAAAAUAGUCUAAAAUAUGUUCCCAGUUCCCCUCCAUCUUGGUGGCUAUGUUGGUGUAAAAUGGUUUCAUAAUUCAAUUCCUUUAUUUGGUGAAUAAUCCCAUCUUGUGUAAACUUAUUUCAAGAAUACAUUUAUUCCUAGAAUUGCAAAAUGUUGUUUGUAGCUGCCUUUGGUUUUUUUUUGUGGUUUUUUGUUUAGGUUUUUUGUUUACCUUCCCACACAUUUGCUUGUAAAGUCUUCUUCUAUCACAAUGCACAUUCUUGGCUGCAAAUUUGCAUUUUAAAAACUUACACCUUUCGAUCUUCCUGUUAGGGAGACUGCAUUUGAUGUGCAAGGUUAAGCAAUAUUCUAAUAUCCUCUUCUGAUUGUAGCAUUACUGUGAAAAUGUCAGUUCACCCUUUGAGUGCGUUUUAUUCUUGGAACCAAAGAUUUAGCAGUCUAAAAAAGGAAGCUGGCAGUGAAUGUACAGUAACCACUGGGCAUCAUAUAUACUUUUUUUCUGAUUUAAAACAAAAACAAAACUUGUUACUGGAUAUGCCUGCAUCAUACAGUAAAGUAGGAAGUUCCUCUAGCAAUUUAGUCAAGAUUGCACUGACCUACACCCAUCCAUCAAAUCUUAAUUUAUCUUUUCCUUUAUCUUUUUAUGCUCUCGUAUUUAUAAACUGCUUAUAUAUAAAUGUGUAUUCAGUUGUAUUGUGAAUAAAGAUUUUCUAAAGUC